CCUGCACGUCACAAUGAUACGAAGAAUACUGUCAUAUCGUAAAUCGUAAUCAACUGGUCGACUCAGUCGUUGUGGCGUAGAAUGAUUCCAAAGGAAGUUUACACCAUUGAGCUCUGUAACAUAGAGCCUUCAAUGGUGCAGGAAUAAUCCAAUUCAUAGAAAAAAAUAUAUAGACACUAGGGAAAGCUCCCUCUCCAGUGCCGCGAUCGAACAUUGAUCAGCUGUAGAUGAUAUGUCAGACCCAACAUGGCGGCACUUGACAUACGCACGUCAUCGAUAAUGAUACAUGCGUGAUAACGAGUGCCACGGUCCUCGGCACCGUUAAUACCUAAAGUUUUUUAGAUGUCUUUGAAACUAUGGGUUGAAUGGCACGGAAGGAAACUUUAAACACAUAAAAAGAUGCCUAAUUCAAUAUGCAAUUUGUCACAAAUAUCUUUGGAAAAAAAGUUUCUAGAGUACAUUUAAUAUUAAGACAAUCGAAUAUUUUUCCUUCUGAAUAUUUUUUGUGUUCUUAAAAAUUAUACUAACAUGAAUAACGUCACGUCGCAAAAGCUAUCAUUGUAUUCAGUUCUCAAAAUCAGAAGAGAUGAUUUCAAUGAAUUUAUUUGUGGCUGGGGCGCUGCUGUUAUUAACGUCACUGUCACUUUUCCAAUUAAUAAAAUCAUUUUCAGACAGAUUUUGGAGGGAGUACCAAUGAGAGCUGCGAUCGGGCAAAUAUCGCAAGAGGGAAUACAAUUGUUAUAUCGUGGAAUUUUACCACCUCUGUGCCAAAAAACUCUAUCCCUCAGUUUAAUGUUUAGCACAUACGAAGGAUGUAAACAGAGAUUAUGCUUGCUCACCAAAAACGACGUGCUGGCUAAGGUACUGGCGGCGAAUAUAGCCGGCACGAUAGAGGCUGUGCUCAUGCCGCUCGAGAGAGUACAAACGCUACUUCAAGAUUGGCGAUAUCAUGACAAAUUCAAAAACACAUCCCAUACAUUUAGGUAUCUGUUGACGAAUUACGGUAUUUCUGAAUGUUAUCGCGGUAUGGUUCCUAUCAUAUAUAGAAAUGGCUUGUCCAAUCUGAUGUUCUUCACUCUGCGAGAUCAAUCGAAAGUGUUGAUAGGUGAACAAGAUUCAUUAUUGACUAAUUUUAUCAGCGGUGCGUUCAUUGGUGGCUUUACUAGUACAGUGUUUUAUCCGAUGAAUGUAAUUAAAAUACAUAUGCAGACAAAGAUCGGUGGUGACUUCGAGAAAUUCCACGUUGUGAUUCGCGAGCUAUAUGUCUCCAGAGAUCGAAGUUUAUCUUCUUUUUACAAAGGCGUACACCUGAAUUACAUGAGGUCUUUCAUUAGUUGGGGUGUGAUAAAUGCAUCAUAUGAUUUCUUGAAGAGCAUUAUUUUCUAAAUUAUUUAAUGGAGAAAAAAGUGUUUUUAUUUGUAUUUAAGAAAUUUAUUUCACCUCCUGCUGUAUAUAUUUUAGAUAAUAGUAGGACAUUGUGUCUUAUGCAGAAAGAUACAAGAUGUGAAUAUCGCACAUUCUUCCUGCUAUAAAUAUGCAGGAUUGCACAUAGGAAAGAAAUCUAUUAUAUAUAUAUGUGUAAAAACUUUAUCUAGUUUAAUAUCUACCUUUAAUAACUGUUUGGAAACAUUGUCACAGAUUGACUUGUUUCCUUUUUAAUAAGAAUAAUCCAG